AUGCCAAGUAAGCGCAAGGCAAAACGUCAAAAAGUUUCUGAUGAAACAGAUAAUUUCGAGAUUGAUGAACAUGAUGAACAUAUAAAUGUGAUUGUGGUUCCAGAUUCGAAUGAUUCUGACGAAUCCCAAUGUGAAUCGGAUUCCGAAAAUGAUGCUAUCGAUGAAGAGCUAUUAAAUUCAAUUUUUAAUGAAGGGAAUGAUAUCCCACAAAAUUCGUAUCGAACAAUCCUCGACAAUUACACACCAAAUCAGUUGAAGUUGGAACCUGAUCAUGUUUUUGAAUUGGUUGAUGGUGAAAUGAAAUAUGAUUAUCAAUAUAAAAAUGAAACACUUCUGCCUCUCAGUGUUGAAAAGAAAAUACGAUCUGUAUCUUCAACGGAGUCUUUUGAAUAUUUCUUUUCUAAGGUGUUGAAAGAAUAUAUCGUGGAAGCAACAAGGUUGAAUGGUUGUGAUAUUACGAUGACUGAAUUCGAUACUUUUCUAGGGAUAAUUAUUUUGUCCAUUUUCACUCAAAGAAAAUCUCAAAGGGAUUAUUGGUCUCAAAAUCAUCUUUUGAGAUGUGAAGCUAUAACUGAAGCUAUGAAUCGUUUAGAGUUUGAAAAGAUCAAGUCACACCUGAAGUUAUCUAAACCUGAAGACGAAAAUUCCAAUGACAGAGCUUGGAGGGUAAGAGGUCCUUUAGAAAACUUUUUAAAAAACGUAAAACAAUUUGGCUAUUUUUCCACAGCUUUGUCAAUUGACGAAAUGAUGGUGAAGUUUCGCGGCAAAACUGAUUUGAGACAAUUCAUUCCAAGAAAGCCUGUGCGUUAUGGCAUCAAAAUGUGGGCGCUUUGUAGUCCUGAAGGAUACGUGUUUGAUUGCGACAUUUACUGUGGCAAAAACUCCAAAAGAUCUUUCUUUGGCAAUGAAGAAAAGCUAGAUAAAUGUGCCUUAGGAAGCUGCGUUGUCCUUGGACUACUUCAAAACCUACUUUCUUCAGUUGUACCCAGAAACAUUGUGAAAUAUCACUUGUACUUCGAUAACUUCUUUACUAGUCCCGAUUUGCUGGUUCAUCUGAAGAAUGUAGGUUUAAGAGCAACAGGGACAGUCAGAGCAAACAGAAUGCAAGAGAAAAGUACAAUUAGCAAUAAAGCUGUAAGAGGCACAUUUAUUGCCAAACAUGAGAAAAAUAGUGGUGUUAAUUAUAUCACAGUAAAAGACUCGAAGCAAGUUUCCAUUCUCUCAACAUUGGCAGGAGUUACACCAAUGUCUUCUGUUCGUAGAUAUUCUUCAGAAGAAAAACGCAAGAUUGAUAUUUCAUUCCUCAACGCUAUUACUCAGUAUAAUAAGUUUAUGGGCGGAGUUGAUUUGCAUGACGCACAUUGUAGCAAUUUGAUGUCCUGCAUAAGAUCAAAAAAGUAUACUUGGGUUAUAUGGUUGCAACUUAUUCAAGCAUCAAUAACAAAUGCUACCGUCUUGAAAAAUUUGGUGACUAAAGACAAGAAGAUUGGUAUCAAAGAUAUUGGUUUAGGAAUUGCUGAGACAUAUUUAAAAAAGUCCAGUGCAGGAAAAGUCAAAUGUCACAGAAUUGAACGAGUUGAGAAAAAAUAUUAUUGCUUCAAUUUCUCAAAGUGCGGUGCUAGGACACAGAGAAUGUGCGUCAAGUGCAAUGUGUAUGUAUGUGUUUCAUGCUUGGAUGCUCUCCACUCCUAA